AUGCUAGUAUCUAAUCUAGCCAACAUACUUUUCUCUCUAAGGGAUACUAAUACAGAUCCUCAGGUGACUUUCCAAGACAAAAAUCUAAUUCCAAACGUAAUUGCAAAUGCCACAUGUCCAAUUGAAAUACCAUUAAGUUGCCAUAAUAAUACAUUUGUAGAAGAUUCUUGUUGUUUUGAAUAUCCUGGAGGUAUCUUCUUACAAACACAAUUCUGGGAUUAUCAGCCUUCAAGAAAAGGUUUAAAUAAGACUGAAAUUGAAAAAGAAUUGGGCCCCUUAGACUCUUUUACAAUUCACGGUUUAUGGCCUGAUAAUUGUGAUGGAACAUAUGAACAAUUCUGUGAUCAAUCUUUAAUGAUUGAUGAUGUAUCAAAUUUAUUAAACUCUAAACAAUUUAAUGAUCCAAAUUCAAAUAAUGACAUUUCUGGUAAAGAAUUAUUACAUUUAUUAAAUACAUAUUGGAAAUCUGAUAGAAAUGAUGAUGAAUCUCUAUGGAUUCAUGAAUUUAAUAAACAUGGUUCAUGCAUUUCAUCUUUAAAACCAAAAUGCUAUGAUAGGUGGAAUUCUCAAUAUCAACAAGAUAAAGAUGAUUCAUUUAAACAAUAUAAAAAACAAGCUGUUUUUGAUUAUUUCAAAACCACCUAUAAUUUAUUUAAAAAAUUAGACACUUUUGAAAUUCUUGCAUCGAAUAAUAUUGUUCCAAGUAUUGAUAAAUCCUAUACAUUAAAAGAAAUAACAGAUGCUUUAUCAAAAGAAUUCGAUAACAAAAAAGUUUUGAUUUCUUGUGAUAAUAAGAAUUCUUUAAAAGAGAUUUGGUACUUUAAUCUAAUUAGUGGCUCUUUAUUAAAUGAAAAAUUUAUUCCAAUCGAUUCAUUAGAUUCAAAAUUUUCAAAUUGUAAGCCAACAAAUAUCAAAUUUUACCCAAAAGGAUAUUUUCCAAAGCAUUCUAAACCACAACCUCCUGAUAAAACUUUACCACGGUUAAGAGGUAUAAUAAGAUUAUCAGGGUUUAAUGGAUUUUUAAUUAGGAAUGGCCAUUGGUAUAAUAGAGGAACACCUGCAAAUUUUGAACUAAUAACCUCUCCAUUUGGCAACUACUAUUUAAAAUCUCGUAAUGGUUAUUGUGGCAUAAAUGGAUUAAAAAAACUCGUUUGCAAUAAAUCUUAUAAUAACGCUGUUCAAUUUGAAUAUGAUUCUAAGACUGGUCAUUUAGGAUACUCAAAUAUUUUUGAUUGGGGUUCAACUUCUUAUCCUAGCGGUAACAAACAGAGUGAUGUUUUCUUGGGUGAUGAAUAUACAUAUAAUUACAAAUUGAAAUUCUUAAGAUUUCCGUGA